AUGGUAGAGGGCCCGGGCUGCGCGCUCUGCGCCGAGCGCCUGCGGGCGCGCCUGCGCCGGGGACAGCGCGUGCGGGCCGCGCGGGGCGGCGGCGGCGCGACUGCUGCAAGUAAAGAGAACAUCUCUGGUCAUGAUUUCCUUGUUGGACAUGUUUACAGGGGUGUGGAGACAUUGGGAAAAGAACUUUUUAUGUAUUUUGAUCAGAAAGCUUUGAGGAUUCACUUUGGUAUGAAUGGUUCCAUGCACAUUAAUCCUGAUGGAAGCAAAGAAAGAAAUGGAGCAGAACCAGUUUUGGAGAUACAGCUUAUGGAGGAUACUGUUUGUUUUUGGGAUGUGACAGUAGAGUAUAGAAAUGCAGCUGAGUGUGAACAGAAAGUGAGGAUGAUGGAAAGUCUGGAUGUCUGUUCUCCAAAGUUUAGCUUCUCAAGAGCAGAACAGGAGAUUAAGCAGCAGAAGACCCGUAUGUUGUGUGAUGUGUUAUUGGAUCAAUCAGUACUACCUGGAGUGGGAAAUAUCAUAAAGAAUGAAGCACUGUUUGAUAGUGGUCUUCAUCCAGCUCUUAAGGUUUGCCAACUGACAGAUGAGCAUAUACGUCACUUGGUGAAAAUGACACGUGAUUUUACCCUGCUUUUUUAUAAGUGCCGCAGAGCGGGGUCCCCGCUGUACCAACACUACAGGGUGUACAGGCGCUCAGCCUGCCGGGAGUGCAGGGGCAGCAUCACCGUGUGCCGUCUGGGAGAGCAUGGCAGGAUGACUUACUUCUGCUCCCGGUGUCAAAAGGCAGAUCCCCAGCUCCUCAGUCUCAGCAAACUGCCAGCUAGAAGCAGCCUAAUUGGCUGGGCAUAUGGCAGGGGGUCAUGUUCUAAUGAACAUGUAGCUCGCAAAUCUGAAGAGGAGUGGACGUGUAUGUGCUGCACCCUAAUAAACAAGCCUUCUGCUGAAAUCUGCGAUGCCUGUUUGACUCCAAGACCUGAAGUUCCAAAGAUGGAGAGUUCUGAAGAUUCUGCAGCCUUUAACACAAACUUAAUGAAGUACCCUUGUAAUGAUUUCAGAAAACCAAGCACAGAAAUAAAGAUCAAUAGGAAAACUGCAUUUGGAACCACAACUCUUGUAUUAACAGAUCUUGGUAACAAAACUGUUCUGAGAAAUGAUAUCCAGGUAUCUGGUGGACAUUCUCAGUGUGUUUUUCCAAAAAGCAAUUGUGAACAGAUCCAAAGCAAUGCCUGCCAGUCAGAGGGAAGCCCAGACAAGGAUUGCUCACCAAACGUAGCUGCCCUGGCUUCGUCCUCCUGUCAGCAGCCUGUCUCUUACAAACACAUACAGAAGAAACAGAAAACUGACCAUGUGCCUUUGGUUCACCCAUCUAAUACAGCAAUCAGCACACCUCAAACUAAUGUGACAGAUGCUACUCGUAUGUUGAGCAUGGGGCAUCCUCGCUGCAGUAAACACAACCGUCUCUGCAGCCUCAGAGUUGUGAGAAAGGAUGGAGAAAACAAGGGAAGGCAGUUUUACUGCUGCCCUCUCUCCAGGGAAACUCGGUGUGAAUACUUCCAAUGGGCUGACUUGGAUUUUCCAUUUUGUAACCAUGGCAAGCGAUGUGUUAUGAAGACUGUGUUGAAGAUCGGUCCCAAUAAUGGAAAGAACUUCUUUGUGUGCCCUCUUGGGAAGGAAAAACAGUGUGGCUUCUUCCAAUGGGCAAAAAAUGGGCCAGGUAUGCAGAUUCUUCCAUGAUGCUCAUGUUACAGUUACCUGCUCUUCAGGAUGUCUUAAGUGCCUGUAACAUUUGUAGUAAUUUCUGUUUUCUUCUUUUUCCCUGUUCACUCGUUAACUAGUAAAAAAGCUCCAAUGUAAAGAACAGAUCUAGAAAGAGUAAUUUUACAUAGUCCUAUAAAAAUUAAACACUGCUUGUAUGCAGCUUACAAUUAUGAAAUAAACAUUUAGCUUGCAACAUAGUGUCAUAUACUAUUGUAUUUCUAAUAAAAAAUUGCACUGCUUCCUUUUUACAUGUAUUGUCUUAAAUUGCUUUAAAUUUUGAUGUAUUGUUUUAAAUUUUCUUAAGUGUAAACAUGUAUUUAACAAAAUGAAAUAAAAAGAAUAUACUUUAUUAAAUGCCAGUCUGUGCUUUCUCAGAGCAUAAGAUGAAACAGCAAUGAACUGUACAAUUCAAACAUUACAACAGUUGAUUGACCUUGCUUAGAUUUGGAAACAUGACAAAAAACUUCCCUAAAACAAAUAACAUGACUCUUUGGUUUUCUAAAUUAUAUAUUCUAAAUCCAUGUCUUAUGUUUUCUUCUAGUUGCUACUGAAUAUUUUUCCCCCAAUCCAUAUAUAGUAGAUAAUAAAAUCUUACCUCGAGGAUAGCUAGAACUCAGUUUGUUUGCUGGUUUUACCAUUAUUUGCUGAAGGGGUAAAUAGAAUAUGGUAAGCUAUCAAAUCAGAAACAGAAUUCUUCAGAUCUUUAGAAAGUGUACUGUAGAUAGCAAGGAAAAUGAGACUAAUGAAAUGGUCAUACACCAUUCAGCUUUAUACAUCAUUCAAUUGCAACCAGUUUUAAUUGAAAAUAAUGGGAAAUAGUGUUGCUUCCCAACAAAAUAUGUGAGAUGAGGUACCUUGCAAAUGGUUCUUUGGUCUGUGCAAACACUUGUGGUAUUUUGUUUUAUGGAGGACUACUUGCUUUUCUUGAGAACAUUGUAUAACUUUUCUUGAGAACAUUGUAAAUCUUCCAUUCCAUGAUGCAAAGGAAACUGCUUAAUUCUUUUCCUAAGCAGCACAAAUUCAGAGGCUUUUUUUCUUCCUCUUUUCAGUAGCGUUUGAUACCUUUGAAAUCUUUCAAAACUUUCUUUACAUGAAGAAAAUCUUUUUUAAUCAGAUUGUAGAAACUAUAAUCUUUGUUGGUCAAUGGCCUCUUUCCAAAUAAUAUGUCUCUUUCAUGAGGUACGGAACUCCACCUGAGAACAAAACAAGCUACUUCACAUGUGAGGACUUAUUUUUCCAUUGCCAUCUCUUUCUGUGAUGAUUCUUGUUGCAAUGAUAUGCUGCUGCUAGCUUGUGCUUAUACAUCUAAAUCUUUAAAAUUUCAAUCUGACCGGUUCCUCACUUGUAUUUGUACAAUUCAUUAUGGUGAUAAAGUGUGUGAUUAUUUUUAAAUUGUACAUGCUUUUGGAUGUCUGGCACAGGGAUUAAUCUUCACCAGUUCAGUUAAAGUUGAAAAAUAAAA